AUGAGUGGAGUCGAUCUACCCCCUGUCUGGAUCGGGACGCCUCAACGCGAGGCAGCACAGGAGGAUGUGGCGGACCCGUACACGUCCAAGAUCGGAGGCCAAGCUGUGUACUUCCGCGUCGGCGCGAGCGCAACGGAACAGCAAUCUAGUGGUGCGUUAAGCAAGUACUUUCAGUGCCCACAGUGCAGGUCCACUGCCCAGGUCUCGCUUCUCUGCCAGGUGUAUGCCCCCCUCGAGGUCUACGACCGAGUGCUGUACAUUCUUGUGUGUGCCGCCUGUACACGUAGACCAACGGCGACCGCCCCUUUCCAAGGAGGCGCACGGAUGCCUGCACUGACCCCCGGCUCUGACAAGAAGAGCGGUCUUGCUGCUGCCGCAGCUGCAAACUCCCACACAAGCUUCUGCUUUGCCUUGCGGAGUCAGAACUUUAGCCGUGAGUACUUUGCCGAGUUGCAGCAGCGGCUUAGCGCAGAAGCUCAGAAGGUAACCAAGGCUGAGAAGGAAAAGGCGGAGAACGAUGCACCGCUGUUUGGUGUCAGCGACGACUGGGACAUGGAUGAUGAACCGUCGAAGGAGGCAAGACCGUCACCGGCGGCGCCGCAGGACAAUACCGGCAACACAGAUGGUGCGGUAGUGAAGACACCAGAGGAGCAGCCCACAUUCCCGCUCGCGUCACGUGGCAUGACUGCACCCCUGAAAGGCGUGCUGUACACGAGUGGUCUUGCGCUUGAUCUGUAUGAAGAGCCGCCGCCCAAAUGGAAGAAGGAGCCCUCGAUCAAGGAGCAGCUGGCCGCUGCGGAGUCCAUGUACAAUAGCAGCGUGACGCUGGAUACGAGUGGCUUCGAGGAAGACGAUGAGUCUCCCGCAGAAGCGUGUGUGCGUGCGUACAUGGAGCAGAUGGAGAGGACUCCAUCCCAGUGUGUGCGAUGGUGCCCCGGCGGCACUCCACUACGGACGUCCACGAUGCCAAUCGGUGUAAACGGGGGCUUUCUGCCGCCGCCGUGCCCCGCGUGUGGCGCCACGCGCCAGUUUGAGAUGCAGCUCACAGCCCCUGUUGUCUACUACCUCACCAAGGACAUCGACGAGGUCAAGAACUUGACGGUGCACUUCAGCAAUGUUCUCGUGUACACUUGCAGUAGUAACUGCUACAGCACCGACUGUAACCUUCCCUACCUGCCGGAGUAUGUCGUGGUGGAGGAUGAGUUAUAA